AUUUGUUGAUAUUGAUGGUUUUGUUCGGGAGCGCUUCUUUGAUCUCGUACAUGUGUCUGAUACGAAGGCGCUAACUUUAAAAGAUGUAAUAUUUUCUGCUCUUUCUCGUCACAAUCUUGACAUUCAAAAUAUUCGGGGUCAAGGAUAUGAUGGGGCGA